AUGGCCAGCCAAGAUACCUCAAUGGAGGAAAUCCUCUGGCGGUCUCCCCCGCACGUCCAGAUGAUGGGGGGUUUCAUUCACUCCAACAAUAUUCUUUUUUACUUUGCCGAAUCACCUUUCUUUGACCCAACCUCCAACAAUGCAUCCCUCGCCAUCCAAGCCAGCUACAACGAAGCCUUCCGCCACUUCGUCGAGACACGCGAAGCCUUCGAAGCCCGGCUUAAAACCAUGUCCGGUCUAGAAUUUAUUGUCGCAUAUGAUCCUUUGCAAGCGGCCGCACAGUCUGAUACGCGCUUCGCUCACGAGCCGUCCAAUGUAUGGGUCAUUCGAAAGCAGAACCGGCGGAAGCGAACUGGUAUGGACGAUGAGGUAUCCGUGAUCUCGACCUACUUCCUUGUCGGCGAUUGUAUCUACAUGGCACCAUCGGUUGCUAGCGUGGUGGGAAACAGAAUUCUUUCUGCCGUUACAUCUUUAUCACGACUCAUGAAGACCGCUUCCACCCUUCCGACCUUCACCCCAUCUUAUGGACACACAUACCUUCCACCCAUGGCCCGGGCGACCACCGAGACCGGCGCACAAGCGUCACAGCAAAGCAAAGAAAACACGCCUAUGCCGGAUGCUGCGCCGCCUUCUACUGCCGACACACAAGCAACAAGUAGAGCUGGACUGGGGAUAUCGAAUACUAACUCCAGCUUUCAAGAUACUCGGAGUCUUGCCGAGUCCUUCAGCUUAUUUACUCAAUAUGGCGACGAGUUCAUGGAUGAAACCCCGCUGGUUGGUGAACCAGGCUCAUUCAUCAUGUCACGAGUCGGCGGUGAAAAUGAUCGCGCAGCCAAGACUGCAGCUGCAUCCAAGGCAUCACUUGGUGUAACCACCAGCACACCCGGGGCUGGCCGAGUCUCAACCCCGCAGGUCCGGGUCGAUACGCCUGGGAAAGCAUCGGAGAAGAGUAAUUCGCCACCUAGCUCGGGUGAGAACAAAAGCAAGCGGAAGAAGAACCGGGUUGCGAGCUAA